AUGGGGGAUCCUCGUUCACCGACGACCGAUCUCUCGACUCUGCUCGGAGUCAAUCACAAGAGCUCGACGGGCCUUUUCGACAUCUCCAAGGCCUACAAGUUCCUCCACCUGAAAUGGCACACCGACAAGAGCCCGUCGAACAAGACCGAGGCUCCGGCCACCUUGUCGAGGAACAUGAGCCGGAAAGGGAGCACCCCAAUCUUGUUCUCGCAUACGGCUGCCCGGCGGAAGCCCGCCCCGAUCGAGAAGAAGCUGGAGUGCACGUUGGAAGAGCUGUGUCAUGGAUCUGUCAAGAAAGUGAAAAUCAAACGAGAUGUGAUCAGUGACACGGGGAUCAUCCAAGAAGAGGAGACGUUGAAGAUCAACGUGAAACCGGGAUGGAAGAAAGGGACGAAGAUAUCGUUCGAAGGCAAAGGCGACCAGAAGCCGGGGUAUCUGCCGGCCGACAUCGUCUUCUCCGUCGAAGAGAAGAGGCACCGGCUGUUCAAGCGGCGGGGCGACAACCUGGAGAUCGCGGUCGAGAUCCCGCUGGUGCAAGCCCUGGCCGGGUGCACGCUCUCCGUCCCGCUAUUAGGGGGCGAGGAGAUGAAGGUCCUGUUCGACGAGGUCAUAUUCCCGGGGUACGAGAAGGCCAUCCCGGGCCAGGGCAUGCCGAACCCGAAGGAGGACGGCAAGCGGGGCGAUCUCCGGCUCAAGUUCUACGUCGAGUUCCCGGAUGAAUUGGAUGAUGAACAAAGGUCUGAAAUCAGUGGCAUUCUCGAGGGUUGCUGUUAUACAUGA